GUAAACCUCCUUGCUCUCCUUUUAAACCGCUGCUUCUUCUCCACCACCAUUCCUCUUCUCUAACGCUGAUUCACUCCCACCCAACUUCCUAACCCUAACCUUCUCUACCUAAUUUCGGUGAAUCUACAGCCGAGAAACUGAGAGAAAAGAGGAGGAGGUGGAGGAGAAAGAGAGAUGGACCCGUGUCCGUUCGUGCGGGUCCUCGUCGGAAACUUGGCACUGAAGAUUCCGGUGGCCGCGCGGCCGGCGGGAGCCGGCGUCCACCCUUCCACCUCGCCGUGCUUCUGCAAGAUCCGUCUCAACAAGUACCCUUACCAGACGGCGGUCGUCCCGCUCGUCCCGCCGGAGGCCACCUCCCCGCCCGACUGCGACCAACCCUCCGCCACCCUUAACCUUGCCGCCGGCUUCCACCUCUCGCGGGCCGACCUCGAGAAGCUCGCCGGGAAGUCCAUCUUCGCCGGGGGGAAGGCCCGGCUCAAGGUGGCCAUCUACACUGGCCGGCGGGGCACGACCUGCGGGGUGAGCUCCGGCCGGCUUCUUGGCAAGGUGACGUUGCCGCUGGAUCUUAAAGGGGCGGAGGGAAAGGCGUGUGUGUUCCACAAUGGGUGGAUCUCCGUCGGAAAAGGGUCGAAAAGCUCGUCGGCGCAGCUCCACCUCACCGUCCGUGCCGAUCCCGACCCCCGCUUCGUCUUCGAGUUUGGCGGCGACCCGGAGUGCAGUCCCCAGGUGUUCCAGGUCCAAGGAUCCAUGCGCCAGCCCGUCUUCACCUGCAAGUUUAGCUGCCGGAACCCUGCCGACCGGAAUUUGAGAUCCAGAUCGGUGGCGGCGGAGCCGUGCAGUUCGAGAAGCUGGCUGUCAUCUUUCGGUUCGGAGCGGGAGCGGCCGAUGAAAGAACGCAAGGGGUGGUCGGUGACCGUCCACGAUCUCUCCGGCUCGCCGGUGGCGCUCGCCUCCAUGGUGACCCCCUUCGUAGCGUCCCCGGGGACCGACCGGGUGAGCCGCUCGAACCCUGGCGCAUGGCUCGUGCUCCGGCCGGGUGGCGGCACCUGGAAGCCCUGGGGACGCCUCGAGGCCUGGCGGGAGCGCGGCGGCGGCGUGAGCGACGGCAUCGGGUAUCGCUUCCAGCUCGUCCCGGAUACCGCCAUGAGCGCCGGCGUCCCCCUCGCCGAGUCCACCGUCAGCACCAGCAAGGGCGGCAAGUUCACCAUCGACCUCACCGGUGCCGGGGGGUCGCCUGGGGGAAGUCCGAGGGGGAGCGGCCACUUCGGAGCCGGGCCGUGGCCGUUCUCCGGCUAUCGAGGGUUCGUGAUGUCGUCCACGGUGGAGGGAGAGGGGAAGUGUAGCCGGCCGUCGGUGGAGAUCGGUGUCCACCACGUCGGGUGCACGGAGGACGCGGCCGCGUUCGUGGCGCUCGCGGCUGCCGUCGAUCUCAGCAUGGACGCCUGCAGGCUCUUCUCGCAUAAGCUUCGCAAGGAGCUGAGCUCCCGGGACUUGUUCCGGUGAUCCUCGGCCGUCUGAUUCGUUUGCGGGGUGUUCUUUUUGGAUGUUCUAAUGAUCGUAUUAUUAACGGUUAAUUUUGCUAACUAAUUAGAGUGACGAGAGUUUUAUAGCAGUUCUUUAGUUUGUUUUCCUUGUUGCAACUGUACAGAAGGGGAGAGAGUCCUUUUUUUUUUUCCGUUGUUUUGGCGUGUGACCGUGUGGCUCGGCUGAUUCUAGGUGUUUUUUUUUAAAGCUAGAAGAAGUCUAGAUCUAGAACAGAGGACUAGAGAACAUAGUUUGCAUUUUGUAGUGGUGUGAUGAAGGCUUGUGUUUUGUUUUAAAUUUAAUGAUACUUCCUUUGUGUCAGAUACCGAAUGAGAACAGUAUUGUUCUUUUGGCUUGGUAUAUGAUAAA